ACACACGCACACACUAACACACCAGCGCGCAAGGACAUCAAUGCACGGUGCACAUAGCACGCUAACACGCCUGCGCAUUACACGACGCGGGCACGCACACACGCGCGCACACGCACACACGCGCACACACACACGCACACACGCGCGCACACGCACCGAGACGCACCGAGAGACACGCGGUUCGUCACCGCCGCGGCCGAGCUGGAGCGAGCAGCGGUGACGGUCUCUUCCCUCGGUCGCUCGCAGUCGCCAUCGCUUCCUUCCCGUGGCUCGUAGCUCGAACGCUGCCGAGCGUCCUCGCAUGGCCGGCCGAGUCGAGUGGCAAACGCGGCGGCGGUGGCGGCGGCGAGGAGGAGAGGAGGAGGAGAGGAGGAGGGCGCAGAUCCACUGGACGGACGCGGCGAGCGCCACAGAUUCUCACGACGCUCCGGCGAAGGAGGAGGAUUACGACCGCUGUCCUCGCGCGCGUGAACAUCGGUGAGACGCGCAGUUGCAGUGCGGCGAGCUAUCCCCGUUAGCAUGGCCGUGGCACGUAAAGUCCGGACCCUCUUGGCCCUCAACCUCCUCAUGUUGGCCGCGCUGCUCCUCUUCCUCGUCUACUCGCGUUCCGUGGACCGCACCGAGCCGGCGGUCGUCGAGGCGAUGGCCACGGCGGGCGAGGCGGCCUCGAGAGCGGCCGCUGUGGCCGCCCGGGCCCGGCUCACGCGCGCCCGGAGCAAGGCGAAAGCGCGGGCGAGGCGCGCGGGCGAGGCUGGGUUCGAGGCGGCGGUGGGGGACCAGGGGGGCAGCGUGGAGAGCAACGCGGGUGCCGCGGGGGGCGCGGGGAUUCUCGGCGGGAGGAGAGGGGACCCGGAGGGGCUUCUCAAGCGGCUGGAGCAGCUGGAGCAGUUGGUGUACAGGAGACUUGGAGGUGCGCCUCCCCCCAGGCCGCGUCCGCCCACCGGGUUCGAUUCCUGGCUUGAUAUUGGGACCGAUGCGGGGAAGCUAGACAGGGCUCGGGAUAAAUGGAGCUCAUCUCGGCUGAUAGAGCAUGCUUGCAGACCCCUGCCCACAACGCUGACCGAUCCCUCCCUCGCCCCCUCGCUACCCCCCCCCCCCCCCCCGGACGGGGGUCGCGUGGGCCCCCCGCUGCUGGGCGCCGGGCCCGCAGGGGGGGGCCCCCCGUUGGGAGCGGGGGGACCCCUCCCCGACGGCCCCGGGUCGCGUGGGGGGGCGGCGGCAGCGGCCCGGGAGGCCGAGGGCCGCGCGUCGCUGCUGCUACAGCAGCAGCAGGGGGAUGAUGAUGAGGAGGAGGAGGAGAAGCUGUACCACAAGUACGGCUACAACGCGCACCGCAGCGACCGCCUGCCGCUCCUGCGGGACAUCCCCGACUACAGACCCGGCGGGUGUAAGGAGCUGCGCUACGCGGCCGACCUGCCACAGGUCUCCGUGGUGUUCAUCUUCGUGAACGAGGCCGCCUCCGUUAUCGAGCGCUCCGCGCACAGCGCCGCGCGCCGCACCCCCGCGCAUCUCCUGCGGGAAAUCAUCCUCGUGGACGACGCCAGCGACGAUCCCGACCUGAAGGCCCCUCUGGAGGGGCGGCUGAGGGGGUCGCUGGGCCCCCUCGUUCGCUUCGUGCGCAACUCCAAGAGGGAGGGCCUCAUCCGCGCGCGCAUUGCCGGGUGGCGCGAGGCAACGGCGCCCGUGGUGGCGUUUUUCGAUGCGCACGUGGAGUUCGAGGAGGGGUGGGCCGAGCCGGCGCUGGCGCGGAUCCGCGAGGACCGCUCCCGCGUGGUCCUCCCCGCCAUCGACAACAUCCGGCACGGCUCGUUUGAGGUGCAGCGUUACCACGACUCGGCCCACGGCUACAACUGGGAGCUCUGGUGCAUGUACAUCGCCCCGCCGCGCGCGUGGGUGCAGCGCGGGAACAAGACGGCGCCCAUCAGGACGCCUGCGAUGAUCGGCUGCUCGUUUGUCGUCCACCGCGAGUACUUUGGAGAGAUUGGGCUCUUCGACCCGGGCAUGGACGUGUACGGCGGAGAGAACGUGGAGCUGGGAUUCAGGGUGUGGCAGUGCGGAGGCAGCAUGGAGGUGCUGCCGUGCUCUCGUGUGGCGCACAUCGAAAGACGAAGCAAGCCGUACGUGCGUGACCUCGAGUUCUACAUGAAACGCAACGCGCUCAGAGCCGCCGAGGUGUGGAUGGACGAGUUCAAGAGCCACGUCUACAUGGCCUGGAACAUCCCCAUGAGCAACCCCGGCAUCGACAUCGGCGACAUCACGGAGCGAGUGGCUCUGCGUGAGCGGCUCCAGUGCAAGAGUUUCGAGUGGUACCUGGACAACGUGUACCCCGAGAUGCGGCGCUACAACAACACGCUCGCCUACGGCGAGAUGAGGAACAGCAAAGCGAACAACUUCUGCCUGGACCAGGGACCCCCGGAAAACAACACGGCCAUCGUGUACCCGUGCCACGGGUGGACGCCGCAGCUGGUGCGCUUCACGGCGGAUGGGCGGCUCCAGGUGGGGGCGACGGGCUCCACCACGCAGGUGCCAGACACGCGCUGCCUGCAGGAUGACGGGUCCACGCGCCGCCCACGCCUGCUGCCCUGCCGGGGGCCCGGGCCCGACACGCGCGACAACUGGGAGUUCACGCAGAACGGACCCGUGGUAAACCGCAAGACCCGGCGCUGUCUCGAGGUGGAGUCCACGCCCAGCGGCCUGGAGCUCAUCAUGCACGUGUGCUCGGGCCAACAGUGGAACAUCCGCAACCUUCUGUGAGUGCGGAUCACGGGACUGGGGACUCCUGUGAGCGAGCGUCGUGAGAUUCAAUCACCCGGAGAGCGAGCACCGGACGGUGAAACGGCUUCCUUGUGGUUGAGAGGGUUGUGGAAACGUUCAAAGCGGUGGGCAGUGCAUGGCAGAUUAUCAGCAUUCUGCAAGACAGAGAGAGAGAGCGAGCUUUAGAAAGUCAAGAGGAGACAGUGAGAAUUUCUGAACCGCAACCAACCACCUGAGAGAGAGGAGAGUCACGGGAACGGUCACUGUGGUGGACUGAGCGAGGGAGAGCGCUCCGUUCCCCCUCCGCUGGGAGAGAGCGAGCAAGCCGCGGUGAGCUGACGGUGAGAGUGGAAUUCCGAGAAUUGACCCUCUGAGAGAGUGCGAGGGGACGGCUCACGGAAGAGGAGCGACACCCGACGCUGUGCUCCCCCCCCCACACCCCGAAGAAUCCUCGCUCGCAAAAGUCCGCCCCAACUUUUGCGCGCACAGUAUAUCUUUUUUGCCAAAUGUAACUUUGGAAACGCCUUAAAAGUCGACUCAGAAAAAGCAAGUGCAUGAACGACAAUACUUUUACAGGUAGGUGUUUAAAUUAAAUGUACGUGUACGUCCGUCUUCGGCGUUUGACUUAUAGCGGCCAUCUCGGUGUUUUUAAUUUCUGACGGCGGCUCCUCGUGUCCGACGUCGAUCCAGCUGCACGGCGCUGCCAAUUUAACCCAGCCGAGGACGAGGCUCGUGAUUUUGUUUUGUAGGGGACAGCGUGGGGGGGGGGGGGGAGUUAAGGUUACGUGUCUCAUCACGGCUCUUUUCGUGGUCACUUUCGGGAAAGAUAAUCCGUCCCGUAGGAAUGGGCAGCGCAUUUUGCCACAAGUACCCGACCCCCCCACUGCAACUCCUGCCCCCCACCCCAAUUUACCGCCGCCACCACAUUCACAUCACCACCUCUGAAUGAUCAACAUCAGAACAACAACAGCAACAAUUCCACCCACCACAACAGUUAAGAUUUAAUUCACAUCGCACCCCUCACGAUGAACACCUCAAAGCGCUUCACGACCUCCCCGAGUGCUGCGUAAUAUGUGCAAGGAAGGAAUAAAAGAAGGUUCAUGAUGAAAUUAAAAAUUGCCAAGGCCAGUUUACGAGAUACAUUUUUUUAAACAUUAGUGGGACUCUCAAGAGUCGCUUGCCGAUGGAGCGAGUUUCACAGACGGAGCCGUGAGAGCAGGGAGCUCAAGCUGCACGACACGAAAACGGACGAGAGUUAACGUCACCACAUUUAAAUAAUAUAUUUUAAACAAUUAUAUUCAUCACCACGAGGGUCUGAAAAGGGCUGGCAGAUACACUGAUAUGAUGCGUGCAAAGUACCAUAUGCAGCAGCAUUGUGUGGUAUGCAAUGCAUGACCCUCUUGUCACGUUGGUGUAUGGGUGUUAAUACAAGGGUGUGUUUCACCAUAUACAAAUUAAAAUAACACACAAGUCCACCGCACUAAUUGGCCUUCCAGACAAACAUUUCCCAGCAGCGGUUGACAAAUAUUUUCCAGCAGCAGGCAAAUUCUGGACUGGCUUCGACUUCCCGAUCCUCAUCAGCAGAGCGCGGCCUAUUUUAAACAAUACGCCGCGGUUAUCGGCAAAAAGCUCCUCGCUGAACCCCACGGGGGUGUGUUCAGCGCGGUUACAAUUCCACGUCCUUGACAUUGCUAAUGAACUCUGGGAACUGCGGCCCCCUAAGGGGGGCUGCAGCUCCUCGCGCCUGACCCCAGGGGGGGUCUCGUGCUCAUCAACUCCGGAAUCCCGACCUUGGGUCGUUAAGAGGCCUCCUGAUGGAUCAUCAGCCCGGCUCCCUCGCAUAGCUCCCACACACACAGACAGACAGAGACGGAGCCAACCCCAGCCAGAGCUAACAGACAUUCGAUAACCACCGUGACACACAACAUCGCCACUCGCUCGCUCGCUGGCCCAGACGCACUUUGCUCACAGGCUGCAACGUGGCGGAUGAUGAUGCCCCCCCCUCCGCUUCACCGUAAGCGCAGCAGCAGCAGCGUCCUUCGCCAUAAGUGUCGCUUCCUCACCUAUUCGUCUAAUUUCAUCCCUGCAAGUACAAUAUAAUAAUCUGAACUGUGUCGUUUCUUUACCGAUUACGCUACAGUAUAAUUUCUUCACUGAGCAUAGUCUGAUUGUUUCACGACAGUAUCGUAUCAUCUCUUCAGUUUAAGUACCGUCUUACCUUGUAAGUUCAGCAUCAUCUAAUCACCAAGUAGGGAUUUCUUAACAAAGUACAGUACCAUAACACUAAUUAACAGCGGAAUGUCUUCAUGGCAAGUGCUGUGUAAUGUCUUCACUAAUUACAGUGUCUCUUAUUCACAUGUACGAUAUCGUUACACUGCAAGUAGUACAGUAUGAUGUCUUCACCAUGCUCGUGUCACGACACACAUACACGACUACAUCAUCAUCAUCAUGGUGUUGUUAGAGGCUUUGCUUUCAGUGCCACAGCAGCAAAUUGUGUUGAGAGCGAUGGAGAUGGGACGGGAAGUGCUCUGUUUUAUUCAUUUCCAGAGGUUAUCUCUCUCCUUGAAACAGAAUCCUCGACGGGAAUUACACACGCACAAACAACACCCCCCCCCCCCCCCCCAUAGCCUUCAGCAGACACAUUUGUGAGGUCAAGUGCUGUGAGCGGGCAGCACCUAGGAAGGCCGGCACAGCACACGAGAAGAGAGAGGGGGUGGGUGGGUGGCCAGCACCACCGUCCGGACAGCUCUGUCACACCAGUGCUGGCGUUUACACACCGCACCAGUUACUCAUUGUAAGGCUGAGUAGACCUAGGGGAGGCGCAGGACUCGGUGUCAGAUAAUUGCGACUGUUAUUGAUCGUGAGCGAGAAUUGAACUCGGCGGGUUCGUAGCGCCGUGCGCCAAACCACUGCGCCACCACUCCCCACUUACAAACACACGGACAGACGACGAGCAUUGAGACCGAGAAACAGAUAAGCCAUAGAGCCAUGAUUAUUAAAUAAAUGUAGUGUAACCAAUUAAGGUCGAAAUAUUUAUGAGGUUGUUUUGGGUUAGAUCGCGUAAAUAUGUGUGUGCCGUUAAACCCGCCACCACCCGACACAGCCAAUGAGUAAAGGUUAUCACGUAAACAAAAUAUGGCCAAUUCGUUACGAGUCCAGCACACCGGUGUGUUGGAGAGUAAACCCACAGCAUUUACAGUUCGUGCACGACAUGUCGCCAAAUAUCCAUAUGCAAAGCUCAUGUACAAACCACGAGGAUGCAUUAACCCCAAAUAUCAUUCAUAUAUUCCAUGGCCUAUUAUGAUAUCGCGUCACUGAUUCACGCAGUUGGUCAUGGGGCACUGUUUGACCAUAAUUCACCACUUUGGUCAAUGCGAGUUCGGGAAAGGGGGAGGGGGGGAGGCAGCCAGGGCAGGUUUGGAUACAGCUCGCCACUUAACCAUAGACCACCAACAUCCCCCGUGGUGUAGCAACGACGUUACCAGUUCAGGGGGUGUGGCAAUCGGUCAGUUGGGGCCCCCCAUUAUUUGAUAUGUCUUGCACGGUCGCACCGAGGGUGUCGUCAUUAUUAUUUAUCGCGCCUCCUCUUUCCUAGUACCUUCCCCCAAUUCGCCCCGGAAGAAAUGCUCUGCUCCUCUUCACUGGAUACGCUAUAACAACAACA